AUUGUAAUUUUGUAUUAUUUAUUAGAACUCAUAUACAAUCCACAUUUAGUAUUUACAAUAAAUGCCUUAUGGUUUUAGAAUAGUGAAAUCAAAAUUAAUUUGGUGUUGGCGAUUUAUAAUUGCGCCAUUUCCUUGCCAUUUGACCAGCUUUCGAAAAGGACGCCAUUUGGAAUGGGGCUGUUUUUGUCUUUUCCGAACAAUGAGACGCACUGAAUUGAAUUUGUCGCCCUCAGCCUGGCCUCUCGUUGCUCUUCCAAAGCGACGUCUUGAUGCUUCUAAUUGUUUUAUAGAAAAACAAAAGACCAAUGUUGGUCCGACUAACACCAAAUUUAUUUACUUUCUCUCUCCUAAAUUUCUCCUCUCCUAUCGAUCCAACUACAAGAAAGUUGGAAGAUUGCACUAAUUAACUCCAAAAAGCUCAACUUCUUAAAAUAUAAUUUAACAUAAUCAUGUCAAAUUGAUUCGUUUGUAUGAAAAACUUUUUCAAAUUUUAAACACUAAAUCGAUGGAGCGGCGUGUGGAUUUUGGAGGUUGCCUUACGACAAGGACUUUACAAAAGACUAACUCAUACAAACUUCGGAAUAAGAAAAAUCAAUGUAAUAACUUGGUACAACUGAUUUUCAAUUGCUUCAAACCAAAAUUAAGGCUCCUUGUUCCUCAAGGAAGACCAAGAACGCCGUGUCUAUCUAGUCAAGAAGAAAGGCAAGAAUAAUGGCAUAACCCUAGACCUUGAACUUUGAACAUCUUGGAAUCUGGAGUGCAAAAACAUAGCUAGAGAGAUUGUCUUUUUCCAGUCGCUUGGCAUGAAAGUUAGCCUUCUGUCCAAAGAAACCUCUAAUAUACAUAUAAUUUUUAUGCCUUAUAAUACCCUAACCAAGAUUCUACUCUCUGCUGCACUAGUUUUCAAGAUCUCAAUUCCCUUCAAUGGAGAACAACCAAGAAAGGAAGCGAUCAACUGAUGAAGAUGAAGAAAGAAAGCAAGCUGCGAGAAGGGUUCCACUCGCAGAACUUAAUCAAGUUCGUUCUGAUUUUGCUAUAGCAAUGGCUUUGCAAAAUCAAGAAAGCGCAUUCAAUGUCCUAACAAGCAUCGAAAGCGAAAGCGAAGAAGAUAACGAAGAAAGUGAAGAUUUUUCGAGCGAAGAAAAUAAUGGAAUCAAUGAUUAUGAAUUCUUCGAGAGCCAGGAUUUAGAGUUUCUUGAAGGACAAGAUAGUAACAGUGAUGAAGACAUGGAAGAAGAAGAAGAUGAUAUCGAUCCGGACGAACUUUCAUAUGAAGAAUUGCUUGCAUUAGGGGAAUUUAUAGGAGAAGAGAAAAGAGGAUUAUCGAUAGAGGAAAUAUCAAAGUGCUUGAAUCCAUCAAAGUAUAAAUCUGUAGAGAACAAAAGUGAGAUUGAUAGAUGUGUGAUAUGUCAAGUAGAGUAUCAAGGAGGUGAGCCCUUAGUAUCUCUUCUUCCAUGUCAACAUCCCUACCAUUCUGAAUGUAUCAUCAACUGGCUACAAGUCAAGAAGAUUUGCCCUAUCUGUACCACUGAGGUUUCAUCAUCUCCCAAGCUUGUUAGAAAAUAAUGUUUCAUCACUAGUUUUCAUCUUAUUUUCAUUGUCAAAUAUUGUGAAUAUUUAAAUUAAUUGUAAAUUAUUAUUAUUAUUAUUAUUUGAUGGAAAA